GUUUCAUUGUUUCUAUAAUUUGAUAACUUUAUUAAUUUUUGUCUAAUUGUCUUUGUUUACAUUUGUACUUUCAUUUUAGUACUACUUUCACUUUUCAUUCCAGGUAAAUUUACCUUUACUUUUUAUUUUUAUAAUUACCUGUACUUUCAUUUUAAUGAGUACUUUCACUUUCACUUUAAAGAGUUAAUUUCCUGUUUCCUGUGUAUACUCAUAGAUGUUGUGUACCACAACAAGGUUGACAAAUGUUUUGAAUCUAACUAGAACUUGGUCAUCCUAUGCUGGCAGACCAAUAUCUUUUUACCACACGCACUCACCACAUGUAUGUAACAACUUGAACUGUAUAUUAUAUCAAUAUUAAACAUUAUUGGAUAAGAUUACUUCAGUGAUUUGUACUGCCACAUGGAGUGUUGGUUCACUAUCUGUUAAGCUACCUAACGGUAUAGUAAAAAGAUAUUGCAGUAUAUAUGUCAGAAAGCCGACUAAGGAAACUAACAUUCAAAGGACAAGCAAUGUUUGAAGAACACAGUGAGAAAUUAAAGGACAAAGUUGAUAAUUUAUGGUCAAAAUUGGAGGAUUUAAUUGUUACCCUUCCAUCAUGUCAGAUGAUAAAGGAUUAUAGAAGUUUAGAGAAAAAUGUUAAUACAAAUUUUAAAGAAUUUUGUCGUCGUUCGGAGGAGUAUAAAAAUUAUUUAAAAAGGACAAAUACGGACGAAUCCAGAAAAGUGUUGGACGAUCACAAUGAAUUUUUUAAUAGUUCUAUUAGCGUCGUCAGAAGAGUUAAUAACGAUAUUAAGAAAAAGAAACUCGAAUUAGUUGACCAAUUAUCGGAAGUGAGUGGAUCAACAGUUGGGUCAUCAGCGAGUCAUAAAAGAGCUAAAGCAGAGGCAGAAAAGGUUCGUUUGGAAUAUGUUAAAAGAGAAGGUGAACUGUUAAAGCAAAAAGCAGAUAUAGAAGCAAGUAUGAGCGUUGUAAAACAGGAAGGAAUAGUUGAAGCAGCAGAGGUAGAGGCCAGAAUUUUGGAAGAACAAGAUCAAGAAUUGCCAAUGGCGUUAGAGGACAAACACGACAAGGUUAGCAAGUACGUAGAAACAUUACCAAGUUAUAGUGUACAGCAAGGGACAAGUGCUGUUGGCUUUUCUGAUAAUCAGCCGUCUAUUUCAGUAACAGCUCCGUUUGCUCCUCAAUACAAUAAUCUUCCUCCUGUUUCAUCUGAAAUAUUAUCAAUGAUGCAACCGAUUUCGGCUACAAUAUUAAGUCAACCGAUUUCCGCUACAGUGUCAAGUCAACCGAUUUAUACUACCGUAUCUAGUCAACCAUCACAUUUUAAAUCAAAUGUUGCCAACUAUCAACAACCUCAGCCUAUGUCUUUCUUGCCACCAAAUAAUCCCUACAUUAAUGUUAUGUCUGAUGUUACAAAAUUUAUGCUACGGAAAGAUUUUCUGUUGACACGUUUUAUAAACUUUGAUGACACACCAGAAUCAUUUGCUUCGUGGCGAGCAUCUUUUCAAAAUAUUACUGGUGAACUCUGUGUUUCUCCAUUUGAGGAAAUGGAUUUGUUAAUAAAAUGGUUAGGACUGGAGUCGUCGAAAUUUGCUAAGAGUCUUAGGGCUUCAAAUGCACACGAUCCUUCAAGAGGUUUAAAACGCAUUUGGGAUCGACUACAAGAACGAUAUGGUCGACCAGAAAUGGUAGAAAACGCUUUGAAGAAAAAAUUGAAUUCUUUUCCGAUUAUCACAAACAAGGACAGCUCAAAACUUUACGAUCUCCUAGACAUACUAAGUGAAAUAGAGUCUGCAAUGGCAAAUCCGAUGUAUUCAACACUUUUGAGUUACUUUAAUUCUUCAUCAGGUGUUUCUCCGAUCGUAUCUAAGCUUUCUUAUUCUCUGCAAGAGAAAUGGACAACACAAGCUUCAAACUACAAGAAAAACCAUUCAGUUCCGUAUCCGCCAUUUUCCUUCUUUAUCAAUUUCAUCAGAGAUAUGUGUCAAAUUCGCAAUGAUCCUGCUUUUAGCUAUUCUAAUUCGAACACUUCUAGCUAUACAAAGCGUUCUUCGAAUCCAGUUCUUACUAGGAAGGUUGAGGUUUCAGCUCAAAGUGACACUCGUAUACGUGAUAGCAAUAAUCGUUGUCCGAUACAUAAAGCUGGACAUACAUUAAGUGAGUGUCGCGGUUUCCAAAAGCGACCAUUUCAGGAUCGUCAGCGUUUUCUACGUGAAAAGACAAUAUGUUUCCGUUGUUGUCAAUCAAAUGACCAUAUAUCAAGGAACUGCAAUGUCAAUGUUAAAUGUUCAAUUUGCGGAAGCAAUCGCCAUGUUUCAUCUAUGCACAUAGAUCGUUCACCCACAACCGAAAAAAUCAGUACACCAAAAACUGAUGAAGACUACGGCGGGGAGUUUUCCACAGAAACAAUAUCAACGGCCUGUACGAGAUUGUGUGGAAAUAUGCGUGUCGGCCGUUCGUGUGGGAAAACAGUUUUAGUUGAUGUUAUCUCUGGUGCUUCUCCUGAACAGUCUAUUCGUGUCUAUGCAAUUAUAGACGAUCAAAGUAAUCGUAGUCUUGCGACGCCGGAUCUUUUUGAUCGACUUGGACUUCAUGGUUCUCAAAAACAGUUCGUAUUGUCGUCAUGUUCCGGUAGCUCUACUAUGGUAGGCAGAUAUGCUAGUGGUAUUCGUAUAUGUUCAAUUGACGGACAAUCAACUUUUGAAAUGCCAGAUGUUAUCGAAUGUGACUCCAUUCCGAGUAAUUUACCGGAAAUUCCGACUCCGGAUGUUGCUAAUGCACACCCGCAUCUACGUCGUAUUUCUCCAUACUUAUCUGCACUAGAUCCAAGUUGUAAAGUUGAACUUUUGAUAGGACGCGACUUACCUGAAGUACACCAUGUAACGGAACAAAUUCUUGGUGGUAAAGGAGAACCUUUUGCACAAAAACUUCCUUUAGGAUGGGUUGUAAUUGGAGAGGUAUGUCUUGGGAAGGUUCAUGCUCCUUCUGUAAUCAACGUUCGUAAAACUCAUGUGUUGAAUGAUGGACGACACACGACUUUCCCUUUGUGUGAAUUAAAUAUCAAAGUUAAUGAUGUUGAAGAUCAAAUUUUUGUUCGUACACCGGCAGACAACAAAUUAGGUCUCUCGGUUCAAGACAGACAGUUUCUAGAACUAAUGCAACGUCACUUUCGUAAAGACGAGAAUGGUCUUUGGUCGGCUCCUUUGCCAUUUAUACAACCGAAACCACAAAUGCCUAACAAUCGUUACCAAGCCUGGAAAAGAGCUCAGAUUUUAGAGUCAAGUUUGCGUAAGAACUCUACAAAGCUUGAACACUUUGUUACUUUUAUGUCUAAAGUGCUUAGUAGUGGUGCAGCUGAAGUGGCACCAAAAGAGAUUCCAGGAGAAUGCUGGUAUCUUCCUCUUUUUGGGGUGUACCACCCUAAAAAACCAAAUCAAAUACGUGGAGUUUUCGACUCGUCAGCACUGUAUGAAGGAAUAUCUCUGAAUAGUAUUCUAAUGUCCGGACCGGACCUGACUAAUAACCUUGUUGGAGUGCUGAUGCGUUUUAGAAAGAAUAGAAUUGCUAUAACAGGUGACGUUGAACAAAUGUUUUAUCAAUUUCAUGUUGAUGAAUACCAUCGAGAUUAUUUGCGUUUCUUUUGGUAUGAGAACAAUGACAUUACAAAACCGUUGAUUGAAUACCGCAUGACAGCACAUGUUUUUGGUAAUACCCCUUCACCUGCUGUAGCGACAUAUGGCUUACGUGAAGCUGUUUUAGAAGCUGACGCUGAUGUGCGUUCCUUUGUUACGAAUGAUUUUUAUGUUGACGAUGGUCUGAUCUCAUUUGCAGACAAGGAUGAUGCAAUUGACCUUAUGAAAAGAACACAAAAAGCUCUCAAGGAUAAUGGCAACAUACGAUUACACAAAAUUAUUUCAAACGAUAUCGAGGUAAUGAAAGCUUUUCCUUUAGAUGACUUAGGAAAGGAGUUAAAAGAUUUAGAUUUUUGCUCAGAUACUUUGCCUAUUCAACAUAGUUUAGGUUUGUCGUGGAAUUUACAGACAGACAUGUUUAUCUUUCGUGUCAAUGAUGAUGAAAAAUGA